AUGACAGCAACGGUCACAGAUAAAAGGUCAUGCCCUACUUCAAUUGGAGCAGAAAAGACACAUUUGACCACAGAAUGGAAGCCUGAAGGCCAAGUUCCUCAAUACGUAAAAAAUGAACUUUCCAAACCUCAUCCAAAUUAUAUCCUAGCGUUUUUGAACGUUGUGCAGCAAUUGAAAAUUCAAAAGAGAACAGGCUAUCUUGAUCUCGGUAUCACUGAAUGUGAAAGCAUUUCAGAUCACAUGUACAGAUUAAGCAUAAUUACAAUGCUCAUCAAGGACCCAAGGGUUAACCGCGAUAAAUGUGUUCGGAUCGCAUUAGUACACGAUAUUGCCGAAUCUUUGGUAGGCGAUAUCACUCCAGUUGAUCCCAUUGGGAAGGAAGAAAAACAUCGUCGAGAAUGGGAGACAAUAAAGUAUCUAUGUAACGUUCUGAUCAAGCCAUACAAUGUGAUCGCAGCAAGAGAGAUCAUGGACGAUUGGUUAGCUUAUGAAAACAUAACUUCACUGGAGGCUAGGUAUGUGAAAGAUAUCGAUAAAUAUGAAAUGCUUGUACAAUGUUUUGAAUACGAAAGGGAAUAUAAAGGAAUGAAAAACUUUGAAGAGUUCUUUGGCGCUGUAGCUAACAUUAAAACGGACGAAGUGAAGAGCUGGACCAAUGACCUUGUUAAGCAGCGCCAAAACUUCUUUGCUGAUUUGGCCCAAUCUACAAAUAAAUAG